CGUGCGCGCCAGCAGUAGGACACAACAACGAUCGACAGCCGCUGAAUUCGCGCCCGUAUCCUUGUUUGUAUGCCCCAAAACACAGUUGAGGUUUCGCUAUUCUUGUUAUUGUGGAUCCGGUGCUUCAUCGUCCACGAUCAUUACACGUGUGCGCAAUACGUAUGAUGGAAUUUCGAUGUGAAGAUAUAAUAAUACAUGAAUACAUGUAUGGACGUGUGUGCAUUGUACGUAUCUGUGUGAUUAAUUACCUUUUUCCCCCUACUACUCCUACUACUGCUGCGACUACUCCAACUGCAAUUUGCGCCGGGCGGGCCGGGGGCUUGUCAUUCGCGUCCUCUCCCGCAAUCGUCAAUCGCCGCCAGUCCAAUCCAGUCCAAUCCACAUCCAAUCCUCGCUUGUCACCCUACCAAUCGACUAGAGGGCUCCGUGUGUGUGUGACCACCACCACUCACACUCCACUCACACCCAUUCACUCCUCCUCCUCUGACCCUUUCUCUUACACUCUUCCAUCCUCGACACACUUUCUCUUGUCUCUCUUUUUUGAGAGUUGUCUCUCUUUAUUAUUGAAUACAUCCGACAUCGACAUUCUUUUUUUCAUUCAUUCUUUUUUUCCUUCCCGUUGGUUUCCUAUCCGGGAAACGCACCUCGUAUCAGCAAGGUGCAAUUCUGGAACGAUCACUUGAUUCACGGCCAGGAUCCGUCGUCGUGUGGUCUUUUUCUUGAAUCGUCUUCACCAACAGCUACAACUACAACAACACAUUCUUUCGGUUUCUUAAACUCUGGUCAACGCGACCACCACGCUCACUAGCAAUUACAUCAUUUUUCGGCUUCUUCGCGCGACAAUCUCCAACAUUGUCGCAUUUACUUGACAUUUUUUCGUCAUUAAAUACACACCAUUUCCUUCACCAUGAAGGUCGCUUCCAUCUCCGCCCUCGCGGCGUCGCUCUUCUUCGCAUCCGCCU